AUGACAUCAGGGUACCCUAUUGCUCUUUUCAAUGAAGAUCAGAGGGAAGCCCAACCGACCCAACAAUUCAGCUUUCGUGAGAUCGUCGAUGUGGCUAUACCUGUUGGAGAAGCUUCCAUUCAACACUUAAUCUUCAAUAACUCCAAUAUAAACAAAACGAAUCUGAGGUUAGCUGCAGGUCAAGUCAAUGUGGGUGUUGGUGGAGCUGAUACAGUAAAUGAAGAGGAAGAUGAUCCUGAUUACCAGCCAUCUGACUUUGAUGUGCAGUUGUCGUCGCUUGAGGAGAAGGACCAUAGCUGGUCACAGAAAGUUGUGAGGAUAGUUGAAGAGCUGAUUGGGAGCCUCUCCGCAUUUAUCACCAAGUCCAUGAGAGCCAACAGUGGAAUCGAUGUUAUCAUUAAGGCCAUUGAGAAGCUGCGCCUACGCCACAAGGAGCACAUUUCUGCAUGUGGGGAGGGCAAAGAGAGAAGCUUAACAAGCGACCAUGAAACCGUCGACAUCAACACGUUCUCAUGGGUAAGAAUUCUAUUUUGUGUUUCAUCUGCAGCAUAUGCGUGA